GCACCCUGUAUGGUGUAGGCCUAGAUCUAUGGGUGAAGCGAGGUGAAGCGGUUGAGCGGUUCACACGUGUGUGUGAAACGGACCAAUCCUUAUCACUAGUUUCUGUUUGUUAUCAAGAAAGGAAAAAAACCGAAAAUGAUUUCCUAUUUUUUGUCAUAAUUUUUUCGUCUAUAAUGAUUUGAUCCUCAGUGUCUUUGCAGUUUCAAAUGUGUACCAGCGGUAUAAGUAUACAUAACUCAUUCUAUAAAAGAGACAUCAGACGCCGGAGUGAUCCCAAUUCGUCAUCCGUCCAUUGAAGAUCGCAAGUCUUUCAGUUAUCAUAACUGCGCACCUUUAUUAUAUCAAUUGUUCGAUUAUCUCGCCGAUGACGGAUGAAAUUGAAAUUUCCUUUUCUUCGAUCGUUGUUACUCGAUUAGCGAGUGUACACAUAUAUGACUCGCUGCUCCGGUUAAUGCCCGUGUCCGUACAAGAUACGUAGCAGCGAACGAGAGUGCGAUUAUACUUGGUAUAUGCGUUACACCGAAGAAUGCUCUGGUCUGCUCUCCUCAAUUUGGAAUUGAAACGCGAGCAAUUUGAAUUUUGAUACGAGCAAUUUUUCCUCGAAUCCGAAUCGAAAGCGAUAGUGAAAUCGGGUACAAACGAAACAUACAGAAUGAAUCUUGGAAUGCGCAACUGGUUGGCGCGCCAAGUAAAACCAACGUCGACGCUGCUUGUCGGCAGACAAAUGAGUACGAAACCCCGAACGAGAAUUAUGCCUCAUGUGGACCGCGACGUGCUGGAUGCGAUAGAACGAGGCGAAAUCACCGCCAAAAAGCAUCCGGGCAAAGUGAGCGUUGGUACAUCGUGUUUGCCGGAAGAAUUGACGCAAGCCAUCAAGAAAGUAGUCUCAGACACAGCGCCUAAAAAUUUGAGAGGCGACGCUCAGCUGCUUCGCACUAAUUUACGAUGUCGAGCACUUCCCGCCGAAAGAGCCGAUUUACAAGCGAAAAUUCAAGCUCAUAUCUCAGAAGGCGUUUAUAGCGGCGAAAUCAGCGACGUCGAUGAUGUAAUCGCCGCUUCGAGGCGUUCGCCAUUGCGAAAAGUGAUAAACCAACGAAUACGAUCUUGGUUUCCCAUCGAUUACACCACUUACGUUGGCAAACUAUAUUUGAUCGCGAGAAUGGCUGCCGAGUACGCUGUUUUAAAUAGGAUUUUCGCCGAAAUCCAGCUCACGUGUCCUCAGUUCCAGCCGCAUUCUUUAUACGACUUUGGUUCCGGAGUGGGAACAGUGUCUUGGAUUGCUCGUAAAUAUUGGGCCGAAUCGUUGCAAGAGUAUUUCUGCGUCGAUUCUUCCGGAGAAAUGAACGAACUCGCUAAAUUGCUACUGAAAGGCGGCGAUGAGACAGUGCCAUUACCAAUUUCUGGCUUAUAUUAUAGACAGUUUCUUUCGACCACCGUGUCAUCCAAGUACAGUUUGGUUACCUGCUCGUAUUCGCUUUUUGAAUUACCAUCGGCUGAAAUUCGAUUGAAAACCUUGUCCAAACUAUGGAAUAAAACCGAAGAUUUUCUAGUCAUAGUCGAGCCUGGAACUAAAGCCGGCUUUCAGUUGGUCAACGAAGCGCGCGACUUUAUUAUUCAAAGCGAUUCCGAAAGCGAGCAUUCUACCGGAGUUCACGUACAUUCGCCGUGUCCGCACGAGUUUGAUUGUCCGAUGUUAAAACUGAGUCAGGGACUGUGCAGUUCACGCGUAUCUUAUCUUUCGCCAGCAAUAGUCACAAAUGCGUCUUACGAAAAUGAAUAUUUCUGUUACGUAGUUUUGAGAAAAGGCAAAAGAGAACCAUCAGAUAAUCAGUGGCCCAGAGUAGUAUCACAUCCUGCGAAACGUAAAAAACACACGCACUGUCGCUUAUGCACCAAAGAUGGUCAACUAACCGAUAUGACUUUUACCAAGCAGAAAUAUGGACUCACCACCUAUCAUUGUGGCAGAUCGUUGAAGCUAGGAGAUCGUCUACCUGCGCAGCUAACGGAAACCGAGCUGAAUGAGACGGAUGUAGAUGCUUAGUGCGCGCGUUAGCGUUUUACUUUUCCAACAACACCCAGCAGUUACAAAAAGAACUGAAAAUUUGAGCUGUACACUACCCGUACAUAUAACGACUGUAGCUUAUCGAAAGCGCCUCGCUCAUUACGAGCAUUGUUACGAUAGAUUUCAAUAAAUGUUCGUAUAUUUUU